AUGAUCGCAAGACAGUUGCGAUAUAUCUCGCACACAAUCGCCAGACGCGGCGUCAAGAUCCCAGACAAUGCCCCGUCUCUUGAAGAGAACGCCGAAUGGCUCCAGAAAUUGAGGUCCCAAACGUCUGCGGCCGAGUUCCACGAGUUUUUGCCAAAAUCCACGUUCGAGAUCAAUGACGUCUCAGAGCUCGAGUCAGACGCCAACCCGGACCUCUGUAAGGUCCAGCUGCCUGGCGGAAAGCACGCGAAGAUUGUCCGCCUGCCAGACCCGGGGAGUCCGCAGCAUUUGAAAUUUUUCACAAUGUCAGUGCCCGCGUCAGAUUAUUCUGUCGCAUCGUCUCCAUUUUCGGCCCUGUCAGCAAAGAAACGGCCAAAAGCAGACAGUUCGCAGUCGUUUUCCGAUCUCAAGGUGGUGAACAUCCGCUCCGGCAACGGAGGCAAUGGCACGGUCUCGUUCUUCAGAGAUACAGGUAUUGCUGUGGGGCCUCCUAACGGUGGAGACGGCGGUGACGGCGGAGACAUUUACGUUUCUGCCGUCGAGGGACUGAGUUCUCUGCAUGGGAUCCGGUCCAAAUACGUCGCCGGCAACGGGCUGAGCGGUGAGUCGGGCCAGGCCGACGGCAAACGAGGAAACGACGUGCAUAUAACCGUUCCUGUUGGAACAACCAUAACUUGGUGUGCAGACCCCAAGGAGAUCCGUUCUUUGAUCAAAUCCAACACAGACAAAGUGUUCCACAUCAAGACCGUGUCGCGGUCGUCGUCGUCCGCGGUGCCACGCCAUAUCCAGCUAUUCAGAAACGGGUAUGAACCGGGGAAAGGAUGGGUGUUCAAGGAGAAGUCGGAGGAAUACCAUAUGGAGCGGGACUUUUUCCUGGAUCUCAACAAGAAAGUGAUGUAUUAUGACAAACAGCUGCUCGAGGAAGAGCUGCAGGACGACGUUUUCCCGAUUGUGGGAAUCGAUUUCCCGAAACCAACGAAAAAACCGGUACUGCUGCUGAAGGGCGGUCGAGGCGGCAUGGGAAAUAUGCACUUUCUCACAUCCAACGUGAGAAACCCGCGUUUUGCCAAAGUUGGACGUCCUGGACUCGAGGAGAACUUUGUGUUUGAGUUGAAGCUGUUGGCGGAUCUGGGCCUGGUGGGGCUUCCAAACGCAGGAAAGUCCACCUUGCUGCGCGCAAUCUCCAACGCAACGCCGCGUGUUGGCCACUGGGCGUUCACUACGCUGCAGCCAACCAUCGGAACGAUCCAGUUGCGUAUUGACCAACCAGCCUUCACAGUGGCAGACAUUCCAGGAGUAGUGGAAGGGGCCAACGAGAACAAAGGUAUGGGUCUGACGUUUUUGAGACACGUUGAGCGGUCCGGAGGUAUUGUUUUCGUUAUCUCAUUGGGCAACGAAAACCCGGUUGCAGAUCUCCAGAUUCUUCUCAACGAAAUGGGAACUCGUCGGAUGGAAAACAAACGGGUCUUGGUGGUGGCUACCAAGGCAGAUCUUGAAGGCACAGAGGAGAGAUAUUUGGGAUUGAAGCAGUUUGUGGAAGCUCAGGACUGGAAGAUCGUUCCAUGUUGUGCAAUGCGCAAGGAAAACAUCCAACAGGUGUUGGAAAUGAUGGCUGAAUGCUCGGGAAAAUUAGAUAAUUAA